UGCUAAAGACGAAGUAAAAACAAAUUGUAAAAGCCUAAUUUAUCUUCUUCCAAUCUUGAACGAAAAGCAUGUCAAAAUACGGAUUGAAUGCAAAAUGUUUACUCUUACAUCUGCUCAUCCUUCAUUUUUUACCUGGAAUUACAUCAAUCAGAAAAGAUAUCGGAUUGCAGGAGAUAAAAAUUUGCAGAAAUACAGUUCAAGGAAGAUUUUUAUUAACUGAUGAUAAUGGCCAUGUGUGUGAUGCUCUAUCAGUGGAUUCUCAGUCUCGCUGUUGUCCUGUAAAAGGAGAGAAAUACUCUUGUCAUGGAUGCAACCUUCUUUCACAUUGCUGCAAUUCCUAUGAAUUCUGUGUUUCAUGCUGCCUGAAUCCUGCAAGGACACAAGAGGAAGAAGUUAUGAAGCUGAAAAUAGCCAAGCCAGUUACUGCAGGAACUUACACAAGUAUUUUUGAAUUCUGUGCUGGGAGGUGUCGCCAUAAUUCUGAGAGUGUGGUUCAUGAAAAUGCUUAUCUGAGUGAUUUCCAUCAUUGCUUUUCUUUGCGGUCAAAUUCUACAGCUGCCAAUUAUACACAGCUAGAAGCAAGACUAGUUGGCAUUAAUGUAGUCAUUGGGAGGCAAGGCGAGUCCUGUGAUACAGCUUGCAAGUCGAGUGGACAGUCAUGUGUCUUGAAUAAACUUCUGGUACUUAAUCAGUGUGACAUUUUGCAGAAAUAUAUGAGUUGCAAAGGAGCAUGCUUAGCAAGCAUGGGAACCGAUCAACCUGCUGAAGUUGUUGACGAUGCUCCUAAAGAUUUGAACCCAGGAGCAUGCUUGUACACUCGAACUCAGUCAAUGCUUUCCUGUGAUGGUUCACAUCGGCAUACCCGGAGGCUUUGUCCUUGUGCAUAAUGUCUGCUUACUAACCGGAAACCCGUUUUUUUCAAAGAAGAUGACUUUGAGUCAAUUUUGUAUUGGAAUUUACUAGCAAGGCAGUUCAAUUUAUUGAGGAAAAACUUCUGCUGGAAAAACAGAAAAUGAAGAAUCUUCUAUAUAUGUUUGCGAAACGUCAAAGAAUACGACGGUUUUAGUUUCUCUGUGAGAAGGGUUCAAAGGUCGAUAGUCAUGUAGUUUAGACUUUAGUCAUUAUAGAGGAAUGCCUUUUAUGUUUAAACUAGGGGGUCUAUAGUGUUUCAGAAUUCAGGCUGCAGCUUGGUAGACAAUAAAAUAGAGUUUAAGUAUUUUUUUUUUGGUUAUCAAAAGAUAAGAGUUUAAAUCUAUAUCUAUUAAUACUAUAUUAUAAUCUUGAACUCCA